GUUUCCCUUUUUCACAUACCUUUACCAGCCAUGUCCAAUCUCUUAGAGCAGCGCAACGCGUUCAAGAAGCGCAUUGCGGAGCAGCCCGUUCUGCAGCGGCACACAAUUGCCCGGCCCUCGACGCUUCCUGGUCAGGCGCCGCGCCUCGACAGCACCGCAGUGAACGGCGCACAUGCUAUGACCAAGGUCUACUCGAUCAUAGAUUUCCUCAAGAAGUCACAAAAGCCAUAUACAGCUGCCGACCUGCAAAUGUACGAGCAUGUUGACUUUGAAAAGGAGCCCGAUGUGUACAACCAGCUAAAGGGCAACGAGAAGGUUAUAUACGAUGCAAAAAACAAGACGUUUGCGUACAAGCCCGACUACAACAUCAGGACCCGCGAGGAGCUUUUGCCGGAUCGUACGGGCCUGGAGAUCAAGAGGCUGAGAGACUCGUACCUGGCAGAUAUCCCAAAGGUCAUUGCCGACCUGCGCAAGGAGGGGCUGAUUCUGACAACAACCAACAAGGACGGGCACGCAAAGUAUAUUUUCUACAACUUCCACAAGCUGCAGACACCCGUGGACGACGACAUCAAGAGAAAGUGGGCCGAGCUGCGGAUCCCCGACGAGGCAGAUUUGGCAUUUGAGAUGGAAAAGGCCGGACUGCGCCAGAUGCAGGUUGAAGAGAGAGCGCACAACGACGACGACAAGAAGAAGACCAAGCAGCGCACGCGCAAGUUCAAGAUCACCAACACGCAUCUUGUGGACAUUGAUCUGACCAAAAAGUACGUGCCCGAGAGCAAGUAGCUGCUUCCUCCUGUAGAUAUGAGAUUCAGCAACACAGAUGCAGCUUCAUCAGGAGAGGGUGUGGUAGAAAAUGCGAGAGAAUUUUUAAUGAGCUAGAAAGCC